AUGGACGAGUUGCCUGUACCGCUCACUGUCAUCAAACGCAGCGCGUUAUCCGAUCGCAAAGUCAGCUCGCUGUCUCUAGCAUACCCGCAGAUUCCGUGUCGCAGCUCUUCACUUGCCACGAGCGUGAAUUAUGAGUCAACGGAGGCUGCAACAUCCACACGAACUCCAUCUCUAAGUGACAGUCUUUACAAUAUCGAAAUUACCAAACUUCGUCCCGAUCAUACUACAGCAGCCCGGGACCUCGCUACGCCGUCACCAGGCCCGAUUCACGACAAGGAAUGGGUAUCAGAUCGCGCCACGCCUGCUCGUUCGCUGGAGCUCCGGGUCUUGGAACACUUUGCAACCGUGCCUCACGUCAACGCCACAAAAGUCCCCCUGGAAAUGGGAGCGUCUAUGGGUCCAAUGUCACAACAGGAUUUUAUGACUGAUCGCGCCCAGUCUUUGUCAGAAAUACUGCACCAAGGCGCGCCUGACUUGUUGUGUCCGAUGAAUCUUCCUAUUGCAUUCGCCAACAUGAGUUCUUAUGCAAGUCGGCCAUGCAUUGAGGCAGAUUAUAUGUCCGUUUGGACCUCGGUGAAUAUUUCUGUUGACGUCAAUCCCAUUGCAUUGCCUGAGGCCUCCCACUUGGCUCCCCUUGACAUGAUCAUACUACUUGAUUGCUUGCAACAACCUUCGCCGAGCCUUUUGACGCCAAUUAUCAUGGCAUCCACGGUGCUUGCCUCAAAUUUGAUUGCUACUUAUGACAGGCUGGCCUUGGCAUGCGUAAAUGGGCGUUCACCGAACGGAUUUGAUAUAUUGCUUCCUCUGGGUUUUCAUUCAGCCGAGGCUGCUCAAGCUGCUUUGAACAUGUUCUCCGCACGCCAGAUGAAGAAGCAUAGAAGAAGAUGCCCAGACCUGGCGAACUCUAUUCAGAAUAACUGCCUUCUGCCAUCUGGUUUUUAUCACAGUGGGCUUCCCAAAGUCCUUUUUGGUAGCCAAUAUCGACAAGGCCAUUGGUUUUCACACAGUCUCCCCCAUCCCUUUUUUCCUCUCGGGACAGCCCACCCACCAGGCUGGCACAUUUGUUCUGAUGCUGAUGAAGCAGAUUCAGACCCAAGAAAUGCCCAUUUUGUGCGCAAAGUCACCAAAGUUGUUCGACAGCUUCGCACCGGCAUCAGCCCUGGAGCCAUAUCAGACUUGAAGCUUUCCGUUGGUCCCGGCAAUGGAUGUUGGUUCGAGGCUGCGGCAGGAAGUACUCAUCUGAUGCGACUGCGUCCAGGCGAAACUUGGAUAUACAAGCUGAAAAUUGGGCUACCUUUGGUUCAAUACCAAGACACACAGUUCACAGAUAAUUCCAUUUUCAAGGCAUUGAUUGCCCAGAUCAACGAUGUUUUGAGGGAGUAUUCGCCUGAGCCGGCUCUCCAGCAGGUUCUCACUGCUGGUCUCGAAUAUGAACACUCUUUUCUACCGAAAUCGCACACUGUGUGCUUGGAAACUCAUUGCACGAUUUCCCGCACCCUGGAUAUGUCCCACAAGCCACUUUGCGGUCAUGAGAAGAUUUCGACACUGAUGGCAUACGAAGAUGACGACGAUUCUAUCAAUAUAAGUUUGGGUUCUGCAAGUGAGAGCAGUUGA